GACACACACUUUCUCUCUCCUCGCUCUCCUCUCUCUUUCUCUCUCCUCUCUCUUUCUCUCUCUCCAAUGUCUGUUGUGUCUCCAACGCUCAAAAGCAAUCACCACCUCGAUCUUCUUCACUGAAAUUCUCUCUCUGUUUCUCUUUCCUCUUUUCUCUUUCUUUCUCUCUCCAGUCGGAGCUCAAACGGUGGGCAGCGGAGAAUGAGAGCCUCCGCCGAUUUCCCGAUCUUGGCGUUGGCGGCGGCCGCCGUCGCGCUUGCGUCGCUCUCGGCGGUCGUCUGCGGCGCCGGGUUUCUCCUACUCGAGAGAACUUUUCCUCUGACUCACCGAGUCGAACUCGACUCGCUCAGAGCUCGCGACGACCUCCGCCACGCCAGAAUUUUGCAAGGCGGCGUCGUCGACUUCCCCGUCCAAGGCUCCUCUGAUCCGUACUAUGUCGGGAUCAGUGGAUCUUUUGUGCUAUAUUUCACAAAAGUGAGAUUGGGCUCUCCUCCAAGAGAAUUUAACGUGCAGAUUGACACGGGAAGUGACAUCUUGUGGGUUAACUGUAAUGCCUGCAACGAUUGCCCCCAGACUAGUGGACUUGGAAUUAAGCUGAAUUUCUUUGAUACUACUAGCUCAUCAACUGCUGGGCUGAUCGCUUGCUCGGACCCGAUUUGCUCUUCCUCGAUAUCAUCGUCUACUCAAUGCGCUUCCGACAGUAAUCAGUGUGUUUAUACAUUUCAGUAUGGAGAUGGAAGCGGGACUUCGGGCCAUUAUCUAACUGAUGCAUUGUAUUUUGACAUGAUUCUGGGGCAAUCUUAUAUUGCUAACUCUUCUGCUCCCAUUGUUUUUGGGUGUAGUACCUAUCAGUCUGGGGACUUGACUAAGACGGAUAAAGCAGUUGAUGGAAUUUUUGGGUUUGGCCAAGGGCAACUUUCUGUGAUAUCGCAAUUGUCAUCUCGAGGAAUAACUCCCAGAGUGUUCUCACAUUGUUUGAAAGGAGACGGAAAUGGAGGGGGUAUACUCGUUCUUGGUGAGAUUCUGGAGCCGAGCAUUGUUUAUACUCCUCUUGUCCCAUCGCAGCCUCACUAUAAUUUAGAUCUGCAGAGCAUCUCUGUGAAUGGGCAAAUCUUGCCAAUUGAUCCUUCAGCAUUUGCUACAUCAAACAACCGAGGAACUAUCGUCGACUCUGGAACAACUUUGGCUUAUCUUGUUGAAGAAGCAUAUGAUCCUUUUGUUAGUGCUGUGACUAAUUCUGUUUCACAAUCAGUGACUCCCAUGAUUUCAAAAGGAAACCAGUGCUUUGUAGUUCCUACCAGUAUAAGUGACAUUUUCCCCCCAGUUAGUCUAAAUUUUGCGGGCAGUGCAUCCAUGGUGUUAAAACCUGAAGAGUACCUUACACAUCAAGGUUUUGUGGGUGGUGCUGCUUUGUGGUGCAUUGGAUUUGUGAAAGUUCAGAAUGGCGUUUCAAUAUUAGGAGAUCUUGUUUUAAAAGAUAAGAUAUUUGUGUAUGAUUUAGCUCAUCAACGGGUUGGAUGGGCUAAUUACGAUUGUUCAACGUCUGUAAAUGUCUCCGUAACUUCUAGCAAAGACUUCAUCAACGCGGGGCAGCUGAGUGUGAGCAGCUCAUCAAGAGAGAUGUUCUUCAAGAUGUUACCGAUAGGCUUUGUCGCUCUUCUAUUGCUGCACACUGCGAUAUUCUCAGAAUUCCAGUUUUUGUAACUUUAAAGCGUCAGGUUUACAUUCCCAUUCUUUCCAAUCCGCCUAUCGGCUUUGCCCGUCUUUAUUUAUCGCAUUGGCGGGGCAUUUAUCUUUUUUUGUUUGGAUUAUUGCAAAGCACCAGGGGUUUACGGUUCCUCCGACUUCCAGCAUAAUUCUCCUGCUCCGCUUCUGAUCUCUGAUAUUGCCAGAAUCAUAGGCUUAAACGUGUACAGGGCAGUUGGUACUAGUUUCAGUGUUUGUAACCAUGUAUUGUGGCCAUUGGAAAAGCAAGGGCAAGGCCAAAUUUGUAGUUAGAUAAGAAUAUAGAGAUAUCUUGUGUUGUCCAGUUUAGCCGAUCAUUUUUGUAAAACCUAUAUUUAACUUAAAAUCCCUUGUUUAAAGUAAGAGAAUGUACUUUAAUUGAGUAGUUUUAUUUUAGAAA